GGAGGAGGAAGGGGGCAGCGCGGAGAGUGGCCGUCGGCUGCGGCGCAAAAGUGUGUCGCAUCCACCGAGAGACCCAGUAGCAAGGAGGGGCAUUGGCACAUUGGUCGCUGGAAGCACGGACAUCCCCGCAAUUUGAACACAUACGUUCGCUCGGGAAGCGACCAUGCAACAGCUACCACCUGGCACUAUUAGACUCCUUUCAAGCUCUCAGUCAAUAUCCUCUGUUGUUAAUGUCGUGAAGGAACUUGUGGAAAAUUCCUUGGAUGCAAAUGCCACGAGUAUUGAGAUCAAAUUGGAAAACAGUGGGUUUGACAGGAUUGAAGUGAGAGAUAAUGGUGAUGGGAUCAAAGCUGCUGAUACCCCUGUGAUGGGACUGAAGCAUUACACGUCUAAGAUCACUCAUCAUGAGGAUUUGGAAGCUUUGGAAACAUACGGAUUUCGUGGAGAAGCUUUGGCUUCUAUCUGUGCUGUGUCUGAGGUUAUUGUCACCACCAAGACCGGUGCCGAUGAAGUGAGUACUCAGUAUACCCUGGACAAUGCGGGACGUAUCAUUUCACAGAAGCCUUCUCACAUAGGACAAGGAACAACUGUACUUGUGAUCAAACUUUUUAAGAACAUACCUGUGAGAAAACAGUUUUACUCCACUACCAAAAGAUGCAAAGAUGAGCUGAAAAAAGUUUAUGACCUCCUAAUGGCAUAUGGCAUAAUAAAGCCAGAUGUUAGGAUUACGUUCACACACAAUAAGGCAGUUGUAUGGCAAAAAGCCAAGGUGUCGGGUCACAAAAUGGCCCUGUUAACAGUUCUGGGAACUGCUGUGAUGGUCAGCAUGGUACCUAUCCAGCAUCGUGAACAGGAACCUGAGAUGUUCCUCAGUGGUUUUCUUCCCAAGCCGGGUUCUAAUCCCGCUUCAAUGAGCCUCACCAACCCUGACAGAAGUUUUAUCUCUGUAAACUCCAGACCUGUCCAUCACAAGGAAAUCUUAAAGUUAGUCAGACAGUAUUACAGCGCCAAAUGCCUGAAGGAUUCAUCGCAUGCACGUUAUCCAAUUUUCUCCUUAAAUAUCUUGGUUCCAGCCUCUGAGGUAGAUGUCAAUUUAACACCUGAUAAAACUCAAAUAAUGUUUCGUAACAAGGAAACCAUCUUGUCUAUGAUUGAGAAGGUGUUGAUUUCAGUUUAUGGACAACUUCCUAAACCUGAGGACCCAUCCCCUGAAUGUUUAUCACAAACUGGGCUCGCUGGCAGUAACAAAACAAAGAACUAUGGCACCUUAACAACAACAGAAAGUUCUCUGGUUGCUGAUGCCGUGAAUACUUGCCUUGAAAACAUCACUUUUGCAAACAAUAUUUCAAAUGCCACAGUUGAUAAAAUGGUGAGUGUUGAUGGAAAUAUAGUUGAGACCACGUCCGGAGAGAAACCUCUGUCUUCUGAGAACAUGCAAUCAACUUUUGUGCCGGAAGUUGACGUGACAUUUGCAUUAGUUGACGACUACAUUCUUUCAAAGGGACAAUCAAAUGGCAAAAGUGAAAUUGCUAGUUAUUCAUCCUUAGUACCUGUGCCAUUAAAUGAACAGAUCUUGGCUGCAAAGGAUCCCAAUGAACUAACUGCUGAUGACUGGAGUAAGGGUGUGAUGAAAGAUUCUACUGAGCAGACAUUUGCACCCGUGAAGCUUUUAGUACCCCAAGACAAAGAUGAUCAAGAGCAGAUAACUUGUAAUGAAACAAACCAGCACAAUCCCACCGAUAAUAACCCAAGCAGCAGUCAGAGUACAAAUCCUUCUAAUGUGGUGCAGCAUAAAAUUGGGCAGAUCACAUUGUACGACUUGAUCAGCAAUCGCACUGUCAAAAAGUCUCUGUCAGCUUCUGCCCUAUUCACGCAAGAAACUCGACCCAAACUAUUAGCAGAGAAUCCAAGAGCUAAUCUGCAAGAUGUUAGCAUGAAACUUGAAGAGAUGUGGAAAAAUCUGAAUGAGGAUGAGAAAAAGAAGUACGAGGACAAAGCAGCUAAAGACCUAGACAGAUACAAUGUACAGCUGAAAAAAGCCAUGGAAGAAAAUCCACAAAGCAAAGAACAACAGCCAAAACUAGCCCAAGCUUUUAAGGUUGCUAAGAAGCACAAACAAAAUGCACCGCUUUCAAACCAACAAAUAUUGGAUAAACUUUUCCAGUCACAAAUCCAUAACAAAACCAGUACGGAACUUCCUUGCAAGACAAUAGAUGUUCCAUUUUCGUUGAGUGUUUUAAAAAAACAACUUGAGCAACUUUCCCAAACCCAUGAGACAGGUGGUGAAAGACUUCAUCUCAUUAAUUGCUUGACUUCCCACAAUGGAUGGGUUGUAGCCUGCAAGAAGAGAUUGAUGUUACUAAACCCUUUUCGCGUGGAGGAAGCUCUCCUGUUUCGAAGACUGAUGGAGAAUCAUAUUUUUCAAACAGAAAUCCUUGAGACACCAAUGCCUCUAACUAACAGUCAACUUGGAGGGCCCCAAUAUAUAGAUUGCCUCUAUAAUUUGCAAAAAGGAAACACUACAAUGAAUGGGAUAACUCACUUUACAGAUCCCAGACUUGUCUCUAAUGGGUUUAAGAUACAACUAAUCAAAGGUGGUUCAUCUGGAGAGCAUCAUUUGGAAAUUCGAGAAAUAGCUAGGUGUUUACCUUUCUAUGAUACAUCAGAUUUACGAGAGAUUCUGAACACAAUUUUAAAUAAAAAUGCUCAGCAUGUGCACCAAUGCAGACCUUUGAAGGUUAUAAAUUAUUUGGAGGGAGAAGCUGUUCGUCUGGCUCGAAAGUUACCUUCCCGCUUUUCAAGGGAAGACACAGAAGAUAUAUUGUUAAGGAUGCAGCAACAACUGGAAAAAGACUCUAACAGCUGUAUUCAUGGCCGUCCAUUUUUGCAUCAUUUAGCAAACAUUCCCGAAACAAAAUGACUGGACAUUAUGUACAGCGGGGCCAAAUAAUGCUCAUUGUUACAACUGAAAAUGUCCUAUGGAGGAGCAGCAAUAACAAUUGUUUAAUGCAAUCAAAAACCAUUUAAUAUGGACGCAAGUAGGGUACGGUAGUCUUCGUUCAUAGUUUUUGAUUUCAGUCAAUUGUGUGAAAUUUUGAAUAUUCUGUUUUCUAAAUAAAACUUACUUUAUUAAAAGGUAAAUUCCUUCAGAAAA